AUGGCCGCUUCCAACGCGACGACGACGGGCGCGGAUACCCAGGGCGAUUUACGGAAGCGGAAUGUGCAGCAAGGUCUGCAAGCGGGACGAGAGGCUGGCGAGCAGCUCGCAGAGAAGACGAAGCAAAAGUCUUCAUCUUUCCUCCAGAUCCUCGACGAUUAUGAAUUCCUCAUCGCACCCAUCAUCUUCACCGCGCUUGCCUUCUUCACGCGCAUGUGGAAGAUUGGCCUUUCCCCAAUUGUCACCUGGGACGAGGCGCACUUCGGCAAAUUCGGAUCCCACUACCUCAAGCGCGAGUUCUACUUCGAUGUUCACCCACCGCUCGGAAAGAUGCUGGUCGGCCUCUCCGGAUACCUCGCGGGAUACAAUGGCUCCUUUGAAUUCAAGAGCGGAGAGACGUACCCCGAAGAGCUCGACUACACCUUCAUGCGCGUUUUCAAUGCUGCCUUUGGUGCUUUGUGCAUUCCGCUGGCCUACUUCACCGCAAAGGAGCUGCACUUCAAGAAGCCCACCGUGUGGCUUGUUACGAUGAUGGUGCUCUUCGAGAACAGCUACACUACCAUCAGCCGCUUCAUCCUGCUGGACAGCAUGCUUCUCUUCUUCACUUUUACCACCGUUUUCUGCUGGGCCAAGUUUCACAAUCAGCGCCAUGACCCGUUCUCUCCAGAGUGGGGCCUGUGGCUCUUCAUGACUGGACUUUCCAUUGGUUGCGUAUGCAGUGUCAAGUGGGUGGGAAUGUUCGGCACUGCAUUGGUUGGUCUGUACACCAUUGAGGACCUGUGGAACAAGUUUGGCGACCUCAAGAUGCCCAAGACCGAACUCGCAGCACAUGUCAGCUUCCGUGUCGUUGGGCUUAUCGUCAUCCCACUCAUCGUCUACAUGUUUUCCUUUUGGAUGCACUUCCUCAUCCUCGAGAAUAGCGGCCCUGGCGAUGCGCAGAUGUCAUCGCUCUUCCAGGCCAACCUCCGUGGAACCGAAGUCGGCAAGGACAGUCCGUUGGAGAUCGCCAUGGGGUCCCGUGCAACACUUAAGAACAUGGGAUACGGUGGCGGACUCCUCCAUUCCCACGUUCAGACAUAUCCCGAAGGCUCCCAGCAGCAGCAAAUCACUUGCUACCACCACAAGGAUGCCAACAACGAUUGGUUCUUCUACCCCAACAGACACGACGGGGAGUUCGACCCUGCCGCUGAUCUCAAAUACGUCGGAAACGGCGAUGUCAUUCGUUUAAUUCACGCCCAGACCGGUCGCAACCUCCACUCUCACCAAGUCGCUGCUCCUGUCACCAAGUCUGACUGGGAAGUGUCUUGUUAUGGCAACACUACAGUUGGCGAUACCAAGGACCACUGGCAGGUCGAGGUCGUCAAUGAUGCAGCAUCCAACGACUACUCCAAGCUCCGUACUUUGACUACGGCAUUCCGUUUGAAGCACGUUGAUCUUGGCUGCUACCUCCGCGCUGGCAACGUCAACUUGCCACAAUGGGGUUUCAAGCAGAUCGAGACUACCUGUGUGAAGGCUAACCGGCCUCGAGACGUUUACACCCACUGGAACGUCGAGUCGCACACGAACGAGAGACUUCCACCAAGCGCUCCGGGCGCAUAUAAAUCUCCAUUCCUCCGUGACUUUGUUCACCUCAACGUGGCCAUGAUGACUUCCAACAACGCACUCGUUCCAGACCCAGACAAGCAAGACGACCUCGCGUCCAAGCCAUGGCAAUGGCCACUGCUCAACGUCGGCCUUCGCAUGUGCGGAUGGGACGACAACAUUGUCAAGUACUUCCUUCUUGGAAACCCCGCGGUUUACUGGGGUUCGACCUUUUCCGUCGCCUUCCUCCUCGGCAUGAUUGGCUGGUACGCCAUUCGCUGGCAGCGUGGGUAUGAUGAGCUCACUUGGGCACAAAUCGACCAGUUUCACUACGCGGGAUUGUACCCCUUGAUUGGAUGGUUCUUGCACUACAUGCCGUUCAUCGCCAUGGCACGAGUGACAUAUGUGCAUCACUACUACCCCGCGCUUUAUUUCGCCAUCUUGACGAGCGGUUUCAUCGUGGAUUGGUACACGAGAAACUUGCACAAGGGUGUGCAGACGGGCAUCUUCACGACAUUGUACGUUGUGAUUAUCGGCUUGUUCUGGCUGUUCCGAGCAUUCUGCUUUGGAAUGGAGGGCAACAACCAGCAGUGGAAGCAUCUGAAGUGGAUGGAUGCUUGGAGGAUGGUGGAUUAG